AAUCAAAAUGCUUCUACGGCGUUGGCCAUCCGCCUUUCUAAGCUCGGGCCAAACUGGAGCUGCAACGGAUCCUGGCAGCCCCUCGCCCAGGCCCCCAGCUCUUGACGUUAGUGCUCUCUCAGCCUACAGCACAGCUAUUGACGGUAAGGCUGCAAGCUAUUACGCGUAGCACAGCAGAGAGCCAGCCCACAGUCUUCGCCAGGCUUCCGUCACCCCCAGCAACUCUCCAAGAUGGCAAUGUUCAGCCAGAACCCCGUCCUCAACGGGCCCAACUACUCCUUCUCCGACGCACCAGCCCAAGACCACGCUGAUGGCUUCAGAGAACACCGGUUCAACCCGUACACCGACAAUGGUGGUUCGACUCUCGCUAUUGCCGGCAAGGACUUCGCCAUCAUGGCCGGCGACACCCGUUUGACAGCUGGAUACAGCAUCAACACCCGCUACUCGCCCAAAGUCUUCAAGAUCGGCGGCUCCAACUCCUCCCAAGACGACGCCAACAUCCUGCUGUCCGUCGUCGGCUUUGCCGCCGAUGGCGAGGCUCUGAAGGAGCGCCUCGACGCCAUCGUCAAGAUGUACCGCUACCGCCACAACAAGCCCAUGUCUGUAUCUGCCUGCGCCAAGCGCCUGAGCACCAUCAUGUACCAGCGACGCUUCUUCCCCUACUACGUUUACGCCAUUCUCGGAGGUCUGGACGAGAACGGUGAGGGCGCCGUCUACAGCUACGACCCAGUCGGCAGCUACGAGAGAGAGCAGUGCCGAGCUGGCGGUGCUGCUUCCAGUCUGAUCAUGCCCUUCUUAGAUAACCAGGUCAACUUCAAGAACCAGCACAUCCCCGGAAGCGGUAUCGGCCAUGCCCUGCAGGAGCGCCCCAGAGAGCCCCUGCCAAGAGAGGAGGUUGAGAUCUUGGUCAAGGAUGCGUUCGAUUCCGCCGUGGAGAGACAUAUUGAGGUUGGUGACGGUCUACAACUCAUGAUCAUUACUUCAAAUGGUAUUGAGGAGAAGAUUCUACCGCUGAAGAAGGAUUAAGCCGGGUGACCUUGAAUGGCGGGCGCCAGAAUCCGUAUCUGUACCAAUACGAUAGAGGCGUGGUCUGAUGAAGUUUCCGACUUGACCACACGUUCGUCCAUCCCCAUUUGUGUUCGUUGCGAUCAGGCUUUGGACCGGUUGGUCGUGCAUAUUCUGUGAAUGACAUUGCGUUGAAGCGGUCUGCCUCCACCAUCGCGUAUGGCCAAACACGGUACGUGUGAACGAGGGACGGGGGAACGGCUUGUCAUACUACCUAAUGAAGUCGUACGCAUACAUCGCUGGCAGUGUCAGACGAUCGACGAGAACCAUGCCCUUCCCUGAGUACUUUUUUGUAUAGCCCAGAUAAGUCCCCCCACAGAGAU